AUGACGACCUCCAACUCCAAAACCAUCACCGUAAAGCUCCUCGUCGACAAAAGAAACCAAAAUGUUUUGUUCGCCGAAGCCGGCAAAGACUUUGUGGACUUUCUCUUCGCCCUUUUAUCUUUCCCCGUCGGCACCGUCGUCCGGCUCCUCUCCAAAAACGGCAUGGUCGGAAGCCUAGGCAAGCUCUACGAGAGCUUCGAAAAUCUCAACGACAUGUAUAUGCAGCCCAAUCUCAAGAGAGACAUCCUCCUCAAACCCAAAGAAUCGGCCGAUGUUCCUAAUAACCUAGGUUUGCUGACCAACCUGGAAUCUCCAAACACUAGAAUCUACUAUUGUUCAAGAAGACAUGAUGUGCCAUAUGUUUCUCACGACCAUAAUGCCACAUGCCCAAAUUGCUACAACAAGUUAGGUUAUCAGGCGAGUUAUGUGCCUACAGUCUCUACACCGAUUACAAAGACCGACGGGUUUGUGAAAGGGGUUGUUACAUAUAUUGUAACAGAUGAACUGGAGGUGAAGCCUAAUUUUACCAUUGCCAGUAUUCUUCAGCUGGAGAAGUUUAAUGUGAAGUGUAUUUGUGACCUUGAAGAGAAGAACGUUGAAGUAAGCAUGGAUGAGGGUGUGAAAUUGCUUAAGGAAUCAUUGCAAUCAAGGUCAGUCCUAACCAAUGUAUUUCUGAGAGGAAUACAGCUUGAAGAUGUGAAAUCACAAGUUGGCAACAACUGA